UAUCACGUAGCUACCUCCAAUAUGAUUAUCACAGGAAUUGCUCUGGUCGGGCUUCUGGCAGUAGCUACCGCUCUCCCAUUGGAUCAAUCAUGGCAGUUGGUUCCGAAUUCCGAAGGAUAUUUGCACCUAGUCAACAUCAAUCCAUACAACCUACCGGAACUGGAUCCUAACGAACCGGAGCACAUGUUUACACCGGAAAAUGAUAUGGUGUUCCGACUGUUCACCAGAAGCAACCCAACUGAACCGCAGAUAUUAUCAAUUGGAAAUCCCUCCUCGAUCACUGGAUCCAACUUCAAUGCAGCGCACCGCACUCGAUUUACUAUUCAUGGUUGGAACGGAAAUGGUAACGACGGAUCCAACACAGUGAUACGAAACAGUUUGCUUUCGGUCGGUGAUUUUAACGUGAUUAGUGUGGAUUGGAGUGUAGCUGCCGUGACACCAAACUAUAUUUCUGCUCGCAACGCAGUAGGACCCGCUGGAACGGGAGUUGGUCUACUAAUUAGUCAGCUGAUGGCGCAUGCUGGAGCAAACUUGAACAAUAUCCACGUUAGUGGUUUCAGUUUAGGGGCUCAUGUCGCGGGAAAUACGGGGAAACGGCACGGCGGUAAUAUCAAUACGAUCAUAGCGCUGGACCCGGCUGGUCCUCUGUUUUCAGCCGGACAAGCCGAUGCAGUGUCUCCGCAGGACGGUCAGUAUGUGGAAACCAUCAUGACCAACGCUGGUGUGCUGGGGAUAAAUGUACCGUUGGGUCAGGCAAAUUUUUACCCCAACGGAGGCAGCACACAGCCCGGUUGCGGCGUUGAUGUCGGUGGAGGAUGCGCCCAUGGGCGGGCGCCAACUUUUUAUGCUGAAUCGCUUAGCUCUUCGGUACCAUUCCGAUCGACGAGAUGUGCGAGUCACGCUGAGAUUCUAGGCGGAGUUUGCACUCCCAGUGGGCCAGAUGCUAACAUGGGCGGGGAACCGUCCAAUCAUGGGCGGGGAGUUAACGGUGUUUACUUUUUGACGACUAAUGCGGCGGCACCAUUUGCGCAGGGAUGAAGGGAGAGGGGUGCAACGAAAAAACUGAAAUCAUUUUUGAUAAGCCAUGUUCGAUAUUAGGAUAGUUUACUAGAUAUUAAAGUUAUUACAAUAUUA